UAUGAAGAGCUGCAGGUCACAGCAGGCAGGCACGGGGACGACCUGCGCUCCACCAAGCAGGAGAUCGCUGAGAUCAACCGCAUGAUCCAGAGGCUGAGAUCUGAGAUCGACCACGUGAAGAAGCAGUGCGCCAGCCUGCAGGCUGCCAUUGCUGAUGCCGAGCAGCGUGGGGAGAUGGCCCUCAAGGAUGCCAGGGGCAAGCUGGAAGGGCUGGAGGACGCGCUGCAGAAGGCCAAGCAGGACAUGGCUAGGCUGCUGAAGGAGUACCAGGAGCUCAUGAAUGUCAAGCUGGCCCUGGAUGUGGAGAUCGCCACCUACAGGAAGCUGCUGGAGGGGGAGGAGUGCAGGUUGAAUGGUGAAGGCGUUGGACCAGUCAACAUCUCUGUGGUGCAGUCCACUGUGUCCAGCGGCUAUGGCAGUGCAGGAGGCGCCAGCAGCAGCUUAGGCCUGGGAGGAGGCAGCAGCUACUCCUACAGCAGCAGCCAAGGCCUUGGAGGUGGCUUCAGUUCUGGCAGUGGCGUCAGCCGUGGCCUCAGCUCCUCGGGUGGCAGCUCCUCCACCAUCAAGUACACCACCACCUCGUCCAGCAGGAAGAGCUACAGGCACUGAAGCCCCUCACCCCAGAUCCCUGCCUAGAGCCCUGUGCUCAGGUGCUAUUCCUGCUGGUCUCCCAGCUCUGCUCU